AACCAAUUUUUAAAGCUGUUAUAACAAAAAAGUGUUUGCUUUUUUCACAAGUAACUUUAAAAGUGUAGUUUAGAAAGAAAACAUUUUCAAUAAAAAGACACUACAUUAAUCCUGGAUGCUUGCAAAUCCUAAAAUAUAGUCCUACUUUAGUAUUACACAGAUCUGUGUCAUAUACACAGAUUAGCUUUAAAAUUGUCACAUUCCAUUGCCACUUUGCCUUUACUUUUAUGUAUCAUUCCCCUGACUUCCUUACUGCAGGUGUGGGCAAGAAAACUUUUCCUUUAAAACUUUUCAACAGCGGGCAUAAAAUUCUGCAGCUGAGGUCUUGAAGAAUGCAGAUGGGUACAGUAUGUGUUGGAGCUCGCAGUGUGUAUUGACUAACCUAGUUUCUUUCUGCCUUUCUCAUAUUGUCUUGUUAAAAGUGACUCCCAAAUGCCAAAAUAUUUUUAAGGGUGGGAAAAAGGGAACCAGGGAGAUGCCCAGAUCAUAGGGUUCUACAAUGACGUUUGUAUACUUUUCCUGGACUCUAGACAAAAAAACACUGCCUAUUCAGUGCCACAUCAAGAAAAUAGAUGAAUGAUACCUGUUGCUGGUGGAAAUUAGGAGGUGAGACGAAACCAGACAGAGGGUGAAGUUUACAGAUGAUCGUGUCUGCAAGAGCCAUCUCCUGGACUGCUGUCCUCAUGACAUUCUGGCUGGAACGCGAAUGGACUUAGGAGAAUGUACAAAAAUUCAUGAUUUGGCCCUUCGAGCAGAUUAUGAGAUAGCAAGUAAAGAGAGAGACCUGUUUUUUGAGCUUGACGCAAUGGAUCAUCUGGAGUCAUUUAUUGCAGAGUGUGACAGGAGAACUGAACUUGCUAAGAAACGGCUUGCUGAAACACAGGAAGAGAUCAGUGCUGAGGUUUCUGCAAAGGCAGAAAAAGUACAUGAAUUGAAUGAAGAAAUUGGCAAACUGCUAGCUAAAGCUGAACAACUGGGAGCUGAAGGAAAUGUGGAUGAAUCCCAGAAGAUCCUUAUGGAAGUGGAGAAAGUUCGAGCAAAGAAAAAAGAAGCUGAGGAAGAAUAUAGAAAUUCCAUGCCAGCAUCCAGUUUCCAGCAGCAGAAGCUUCGAGUCUGUGAGGUGUGUUCUGCGUACCUUGGUCUCCAUGAUAAUGAUCGUCGUCUUGCAGAUCACUUCGGGGGCAAAUUACACUUGGGAUUUAUUCAAAUUCGUGAGAAACUGGAUCAGUUGAGGAAAACAGUGGCAGAAAAACAGGAGAAAAGAAAUCAAGAUCGUUUGAGGAAGAGAGAAGAACGAGAACGAGAAGAAAGGAUGGGCCGAAGGUCUGGAUCAAGAACUAGAGAUCGAAGAAGAAUCUAUAGCUUUGGGUUUUUGCCACCACUAACUAGGUCACGAUCUCGGGACAGGCGGCGAAGGCGGUCAAGGUCAGGCUCUCGUGAGAGGCGAAAGUCCCGGUCACGAUCUCGGGACAGACAUAGGCGCCACCGAAGCCGCUCACGUAGCCAUAGCAGGGGUCAUCGACGAGGUUCCAGAGACAGAAGUUCGAAACACAAAUUUAGAGAUCAAUCUUCAAGAGAGAAGUCCCAGGAUAAGGAGAGGAGGGAAAAGAGCUUUGCUGAUAAAAGGCAUGAGGGUACAAAUGGCAACGCUGGUUCAAAGAGAUCAGAAGAAAGAGAAGCUGGCGAGAUCUGAACUCACACUCUGUGUUGCACUGUAAAUAGUCUGAUAAACAUUCUACACACAGCCUAAAUUUACCAUUUAUAUUUGCUGAAUACAACUCAUCUUUUGUAGUUUUAAAUUUUUAUUGUUUUGAAGAUAGCUGUGAGUUUAUAGAGAUACAGAGUUACAUACUGUUUACUGGAAUUUUGUUUAGUAAGAAUAUAAGAAAACAUGAUCUGAUGGAUUGUCUUCAGUAUAGGCCAGUGACACCCAUGUAACUUGUUGGUUGCCUCACCCCAAUGAAUGCAGCAGUUAGCCCCAUGGUCAGAAAUGUAAUCAUUUCCCCUCCUCCUUCCCCCCCUUCCCCCAUUUAUGUCCUUUAGAAAACAUUCACCUUGACCUUUCAGAGACUUGAAUUAUAUAAGAUUAGUGAUAACAUUACUACCACUGGUGCUGAAUUUGCUAUUUCUGUUAGGUUUAUACACAGAGGAAUCAAGAAUUUAAAAUAUUUGGCAACUUCAUUUUGAGUUUCUCUUAUCUGAUGCUUCAAGUCCAGAAUAUUAUUAUUUGUACUCUCCAUUUAGACACCUUUGCUUCAGAAAGGUAACCAGAGCACCUUGUGUACCUUAUGAGUGGGGUGCCCUAAGUCACUUAAAAUUAUCUAAUUUUAAAAGCCAGAAUCAAAUUGACUAUAUAAAUUUGGUUCUUUUGUUCAUUCCCUAUUUUGUGGAUCCCUCUCAGUUAAAACAUCAGCUCAUAAAGCACCUGUAAAGAUUCUACAUAUGCUGAAUUGAUUUUUGUAUAGUACAGGUUGACCCCUUUAAAAAUAUACAACUUGAGCACAGAUCUUGUGGGAUUAUGUCUUUACUGAUUUCUACAGUGUAGUCUCUUUGUUUACCACUUAUAUUUGAGACAAAGAUAAAUCAAUAUGUAAUCAAAUUAUAUAUCCAGAAAUUCUCAUCAGUAGGGGCACUGUUAAAAAGUUGGUGCUGUGAACACCUUGGCUUCUAGGGUUACUGUAGUUAUUUUUUUUUUGUUUUAUUUUUUUAAAUACUAUGUGAUUACAUAACUAAUCUCUUCAUCUGAAUUGAUUUCUUCUGUUUCUUGAUGCAGCCAAGUAGCUUUGACUGCAGUCUCUUAAACUUUAUCCCACGGGCUAAUUUGUUUUAAUUCCGUAAAGCAAUUGUUUUACAUUGAUACCAAAUGAAUAUUUUCAGAUUUGGUGAACAUGUUAUUUGUAGAUACUGCAGAAAUUUCCAUUUUUUUAGUUUUAAGUGGGGAGGAGAAUUUUGAGGAGCUGAGCUUCUAAUAAACUUUUUUUUCUUUUUAACAUAGACCCUCCCAUCUUAAGUUUCGUUGGAUAUACAGGAGCUGUUCUUGGUCUGUUUGGUCUUAUUGAUGCAUGUUUAGCUAUUACAGGAAUCUAGUUCUGUUUUUUCCAACAACUAUUACAUUUUAAUUAUGGGUUAUUUGUAGUCUCUACUAUGUUCAGGGUUCUCCUUUUCCAUGUACUCCUUGUCCCCCAUGGCCCUUCCCUCCUGCUCCCAACCCCCAAGGAGAGGACAGGCCUAUGGCCUUGGUGUGUUUCUCUUUCUUGAACAAAAUGGACCUACUGUCCCAAAGCUUCUGAUAAUGGAUUCCACAUUAAAAAGGCAGUGGUAGAAUGGAACCCACAUUACAUCGAUUUGUUGUCUAUGCAACAUUUUGCAAAUCUCAUGACAACUGGGAGUUGUUUCUUUUGUGGCACCUUUGCUUAUGAGGAGUUUUGGUCUAAGUAUACAAAUGUAAGUAAAAUCCGCUGUUCUCUUGCCAGUCUAACUCACAUUAAAGAUUUAUGUUUAUGUCGCUUGGAGUAGAA